AUGGCGUCGUUUUCCCGUGGACGAGAACAGAUGUCUGGUGUGGAAACUACCACGGACUCUGAGCAUUCAUCCAAACGUCAUGCUAGUAUACCAUGGCCAAGGCCAAAUGAACCCGUAAUGUUUCAUGAUGACCAGGUCAAUAACCCAUCACGUUUCCCGCCUAACCUGUGGCUGGGUUCUACACCGCAAAUGGGUAUGAUACCUCCCGGUAUGGGCAUGGUGCCACCAUUUUCACCGGUAAUGAUGCCGAUGCCAUUAAACGGUGAAGAAGCACGGGCGUUCCAGGCCGCCAUGAUGGGAACUUCGGCAUAUUCGCCCUUCCCCGGUGCUGCGGCCACCCCUUCUAACCGAAACGACGAUAAACAUGAUCCCACCGAUUCUUCAUUCCAGGUACUGGGUCAGCAUCCGGCUAUUGGAUCGAAUUUUAAAGACCGGCUACUAUACGAGCUGGAGCUAUUUGAAGAUAUCAGGGAACCCAUCACCGAGCGCGGCCAUUUCACUAAUAUACUAGCGCUACUCGAUCGGUAUUUUAAGGGUGCUCUUAACUCAGACACUAGUGAGGCCCAAACUGACCAGGCUCGUGCAGAACGUUAUCGACGACCGUACGACCUCUUUAGACGAGAGCCGCAGGUUAAAACAUGUCCUUGA